CUGCUGUAGAUUUUCAUAGCCAAGGGUUUAUGGCCACCUCAUUACCCAUUUAUGGAAUUUCAGUCCAGAGCAGCGACCAUAUCCCAGGCUUCAGAGUAGGUUGGGCCAGAAGGAAUUGCUGGGGAUUAGCUGAAGACAUGAAACAACACCCAAAUUCCUGUAGGCUUUGUUUGUCCCCACUACAUUCAAAACAAAACCAGUACCAAUCCCUCGGCCUUUUUUUCUCCCAACUGGUAAAGGUUAAAUGGACACAGACUCAAGGGAAGGACACAGAAGGAUGCAGAACAUAAGGAAGGAAAAUAUUCCCCACCUCAUGAUUCACCAGGCUGGGCCAGCCAAGGACUGCUGACUUCAAAAUUCCCCAAGAUCAGGGGACAAGGCUGUCCCGCCCCUCCAGGACCAGUAUAAAAGCCGACCAAGCGCAUCUCUGUCUCAGACUCUUCUCACGCCUUCUCCUUCUGCUCUUGCUGACAACAAGGCACCCUCCACACCACACCCAUGGCCUGCAACACCCUCUGCCAGCCCUGCGGACCCACCCCGCUGGCCAACAGCUGCAACGAGCCCUGUGCCCUGCAAUGCCAGGAUUCCCACGUCAUCAUCGACCCUUCCCCUGUGCUGGUCACCCUGCCAGGACCCAUCAUGACCUCCUUCCCCCAGAACACCGCCGUCGGAUCCACCUCCUCGGCUGCUGUCGGUAGCGAACUCAACGCCCAGGGACAGCCCAUCUCUGGUGGAUUUGGCUUUGGCCUUGGCUACGGGCUGGGAGGCCUGGGCUGCUAUGGCAGAAGGGGUUAUGGCUACAACUGCUAAGAACCAUCAUCAGCACUCCAGACAUCACCAGCUCAGGACUCCACAACCACUCUUGCAAGCCAAUCUCCUCAGGUCAUGGUCGCUGUACUUGCCCCUUACAUGGAUUCCUUCCACUUUUUUCUCCCACCUCUUCAUUCUUUUCCCUAAAUAAACUUUUCCUGCAUCAAA